AUGUCAAACAGAAGAUUGCAAAACAGAAUGGCACGCUCCAGUGUUCAAAUUGUACAAAAAGCUACCAGAUCUAAGCAUUCCAAUGUAGAAACUAUUAUAUAUAGAGGAGCCUCAUCGUCAGAAACUAUAAUAGAAAGUGGUAAAUCAACUGCUGUAUAUAGUGAGGCAUCAUCACAGUCAACUUCCAUAGAUAAUGGUAAAGCAUGUCCAGAAUGUUUUAAAGUUAUAUCGUGUAGAAACGCUCAAUCAAUACACAUGUUAACUCAUACAUUAGAGAAACUCUUUCAUUGUGAAAAAUGUCAAAAGUGUUUGAGUACCGGAUAUAUUUUGAAAAUACAUGUAAGAGAAAUGCACAAUAAAGUGAUCAUAUGA